AAACACAGCUUCAGAACUUUUUGCGGAGAUGAGUAAACACACAAGAGUUUUGGCCCUGUACAUGGUACCAGCACUUCUGUACUGCCUCUACAACAAUUUGGCUUUUGUCAACCUCGCUGCCUAUGACCCUACCACAUACUUCCUGCUUCUGCAGCUGCGGGUCGUUGUUACUGGCAUCGUCUUCCAGGUAUUGUUCAAGAAGCAACUAAGCAAAUGGCAGUGGGUGUCCCUCUUCAUCCUGACACUCGGCUGUAUUGUGAAGCAGUUGAAUGUCACCGAGAAAAAUGCUCAAGUUGUAACAUCACCAAAGACAGAUGACGUUACAAGCCACAUGGUCUCCUCCUUGUUUUCUGUACACACAGGGCUUGUACUGCUGCAGGUUUUAUGUUCUUGUCUGGCUGGAGUCUACAAUGAGAAGUUGCUAAAGGACAUUGGUGCAGAAGUUCACAUUAUGGUGCAAAAUGUGUUCAUGUAUAUUGAUUCAAUACUCUGCAAUGCUGCAGUUCUUCUUAUGAGAGGGGAACUGGGAUCUGCAUUUACAGUUACAGCACUUUCCCAGAUCUGGCAGCCAGCUGUGGUAGUAAUCAUCAUAAACAAUGCAGCCGUAGGGAUCGUCACCAGCUUCUUCCUGAGAAACUUGAACUCCAUACUGAAGACCUUCGCAUCAGCCCUCGAGUUAAUGUUUACUGCUGUGUUAUCUUGGCUCAUCUUUGGAAUUGAUAUUGGCUGGUGGACUGUGCUUGCUAUAGCAUUGGUCACGUAUGCUUCGUGGAUGUAUGCGCAGAACCCUGUUGUCAAUAGAGGGCGUCUGGAUCAGCUGGAAGGUAGUCAGGCAUCGGAUGAAGUAAGACUGGUGUCAAGUGAGACAACAGAAGUGUGAGAGUAUUUGGAGAUAAAAUAGAGAGGUUUUUGAUUAUUAAAUAUAUCUUCAUAUAUGUUGAUUCAGGUUUAUUCAGUGCUCUCAGUAUUAUUUUGUAUAUUUUGGAAAUGACCUUUGAGUUUCAGUUGAGUAACUGAUAGAAUUUGCCAUUAAUCAAUUUGCAGUAUUAGGAGAUUCCUAGAUAUAUUCAGCUCAUUAGUAAAUGCUGUCGAGUCUUUACUUGUAGCUAGAGGUAGCUACAAAUAUGCUAAAAUCCCUGAAGGUAUAUAAUAUGUAUAUAUUUGUUUUCUUACUAUCAUGUUAGUGAAAGUAAUAUUUGAAAAUAUUCUCUUUGGAAUUCUAGUCAUAAAUAUUUAAUCAGUGUAUUCAAGGGUGACAAGAUUUAUCUCUUAUGUCUCAGUUAUUUAUUUUUUUCUUUAGGAUUGCUUGACUGCAAGAAAAAAUUUCAAGUCUUUGCUCAUCACUCUAUAACCAAAGAGGUCCUAGGAUGACAUUUAGAAGAGAUAAAUGUAGCUGUAAAGUACUUAGGAACUGUUUUCAUAGAGCCUGUAUAUUAAAGCUCUGUACACUGCUACAUGUUCUGACAAUCCUUGUAAUGUCGUGAAUAUGGUUUUGCAUUUUGAAUUGCAGAAAUAUUGAAAGUGAUCCUGUGAGUUGCACGUGCUAUUGCAUCUGGGUCAUAAUCCGUGAUCCGGGUUUCUUUUCCCUGUUACUACCUUCAGGCAUUUGCUCUAAGCGCACAGGGCCAAAUGACAAUUCUGCUGUUUGCCGGGCAGCUCUCUGCACAAAUGCAUCUCGUACAAUUGUGUUUGUUAUGAGUUACUGAUUAAUGAGAAGUGUUUGGUUAAAGUACGAGUUGAAUAUUUUUGUUAUUGGAAGACAUGUUAUGUAUAAAAUGUGACUGUGUUUGAGUUCAAACUAAGGAGGUUGAAUUUUUAUUUUGUUAUAUUUCAUUCAUAAUGUUAAGAUAUUAUGAUUUCCGUACUAUAUUGUAUUUUAAUUGAACUGUGCCAUUUCUACUGUAAUCAAAGAGAAGAUACCAAAAGUACAGUAAUAAGAAUAUUUAUGUGUAAUACCAUUUUGUUAAAAUAUGCAUCACAGUAAUGUUUGUUUUAUAUCCAAAUCCUUUUGGGACUAUGAAUGUAUUUUGAUAGAUAUGCUAUAUUCUGUUUAUAUUCUAUUCCUGAAAGAGAGAUACAAGAUAUACUGAAGUGAAUGGUUCUAAUGCUCAUCUCAGACAAUCUGUUGCAUAAAAUGAGGAACUGAUUUGUAACUUCAUGAACCAUGGCUGCAUAGGUGUAUUCUUGAAGAAAUUUGAGGAGAAUUAAACAUGACUUUACGUCAUAUCAAUCCUUUAAUUAAAAUAGCUGAACUCCAAAUCAAAUUAAUUGAAAUAUGAUUUAGAAUGUCAGAACAUUAAUUUGAAACAUCUGAAGUUUAAUUUAACAUAACUAAAUUUUUAUUUAAAACAGGAAGCUUAAUUGGGAAUUACUGAUAUUUAAUUCAUAGGAAAAUUGGUAUUUAAAUUAAUUGCCUGCUAAUGAAAAGGAAUGCUGCAGAAUAUCAAAAUCUCUGUGCCAAGGUAAUUACUUCAACAAGGCAGUACAAUACAGCAGAGGAAUUGCCCUAAGAGGUGAGGAGUAGCUGUACAGCAGGAAAUAUAUAUAUUUUUUUGUGGAGAAAUAUGUAGAUCAUUUAGAUCAAACAUGUAUUUUUUCACCCAACAUUUCAUAUAUUUUUAAUUGCUGUUCUUUUUCAUAAUUAUAAGUCUAGUGUAAGCAUAUUUCUGUGGUUUCAGUCUGCCAUCAGGUAAUCAUAUGUAAAGUUUGUUUGUUUUAAACUAAACUUCUAUUUCUUUUAAAUUAAUUUUGUUGUUUUGAAUUGAACUUCACUUAUUUUGAAUUAAAAUCUAGAUGUUUUAAAUCAAAACUCAGGUAUUUUGAAUUAAACUUUAAGCACUUUGAUUUAAACUUUAGAUGUUUUUAAUUAAUUUUCAUUUGUAUUCAUUUGAAAUUCACUUAUUUUAAUUUGAGGGUGAAAAAUGUUUUAAAGGGUUAGUCACGUGUAUAAUACAGUUUUUGGUGCAAAUGAAAACAUGGAUUGUCAUCUGAAUUUCACUCCUCUCGAGGAGUGGAGGAAGAACAAGCUAAGAAAACGGAGAAUUUGUUGUUACAAUCGCAGCUCUGCAUUGCUUGGCUAACUUGCAAUCUCCUUUGUGAGCUCUUGUCAGCCUAUUACCCAGUCUGGCCUAGCAUUUGUGUGUGCCAGAUCAUCCUCAUAGUUGCAGAUACGUCAGAAUUCCCUUAAUAUUUGAGGUCAGGCAGGCACUUUGACAUUGCUGGGGAUUCAACAUGGAAGAUGACUAGUAAAAUUUGUAUUAGAUAGAUUUUUGUGGAUUAGACAUAUAGAAUAAAUGAUUCAAACCUGAUCUGGUUAUAUGUUUAUUUUUGUUCUUGGUUAUUUGAUUUAAAACUUUUGGUAUUUAGGAAAACUGGUAUCAUCACUAUAAAAAAAAAUCUGAACUUGCAUAUUUAAGUGAAAGUACUGUCCUGUAACACAUGAAAUGAAAUACAUUUAUAUUUUCACAAACAAAUGAAAUAUUGACUAAUUUUCUCAUAGUACUUUAUUUUAUUUUUAUUAGAUUUUUUUCCACAUUAUAGAUUAUAUUUUGUAGACAUGAAGUAGACUCUUCUUAAAUAUAUAUUUUAUGUAAUAAUAAGUAAUGUUUAUUUACAUCUACAUGCAGGUAGAACUAUUUUAUUUCCUAUAUGUAAACAUAUUUCAUGUAAAUAUCCUAUGCAUUUUCCUUGACAGCAAUUAUUCGAUUCAGUUCAUUCCAUAUAUUUAUUAUUUGCAUUUUGUGAAGACAUUUUCAUUGUACAAUGUGUUUUAAUUGUAAAUUUACAAAAUAUUCCCAUGAUAAUUGUCAAGUAUGGAAAUUUCUUAACCAUGCAAUGUUAUUAGUUUUCGCCAUCUGCCCGCUUGAGGAAUGGGCAUUUUACUAAACGUUCAUUAUUUGUGAUUAUCUAUGUAGUCAUGGAGGUAGUUCAUAGCUUGAAAAAAUUAUGUUGUAUGUACCUGUUUGUUUAUCACUAACAGUAUUUGUGCUGGAAGUUGGUUACACAGUAUUCAAGAAACUUCAACCAGUGAGAAUGAAACAUCAUGUGGGGUGUUUCUAGGUCAGUUAAUAAACAAUAUACCGUAAUCUUAUGAAGUAUUUAUUCACUCGUCAUAUGUGAAUUGUUGAUCCUUUUAAUAUACUUGAAUUACAUGUUUUGUGUUGUGGUGAUGUAGGGUAUGUGUAUUGAAAGAUUAGGGUUCUGCAGUGGAAAAUUGUUUUCAGUAUGGUAUGCAUUGAAGAACAUUAUGUGAAGUUUGUUAGGUCAGUAUCUGAAAAUUGCUUGAGUUCAUCUGAAUGACAUGAGUAAGUACAGUUUAAUUGUUCUUACUUGCCACAGAUGUGUUAUACAGUAUGUGAUUCAGUAUGUGAUUAAUAACCAUGCCACUUUAAUGAACAAGAUGCAUAAAUUAAGAAAUACAGAAAUACUUAGUGCAGUGUUGCCAAGUGAUGUAAUGAUUCUAAUUUGAUGAAGGUGCUUCACAAGCAAUAGAUAGUAAAAAAUAAAUAAAUAAAUAAAUAAAAUAAAAUAAAUGAUUACAGUUAU